CAACGGUGGAGCACUAUUCCUUCCUAUGAUACCAAUUAUUGGGCACUAUUCCUCCCACACUGACACCAAUGAUGGGGCACUGUUCCUCCCGCUGACACCAACAAUGUGGGGCUCUAUUCCUCCCACUGACAACAGUGAUGGGGCACUAUUCCUCCCACUAACACCAACGAUGGGGCACUAUUUCUCCCACUGACACCAAUGAUGGGGCACUAUUCCUCCCACUGACACCAAUGAUGGGGCACUAUUCCUCCCACUGACAACAACGGUGGGGCACUAUUCCUUCCAGUGACACAAAUGAUUGGGCACUAUUCCUCCCACACUGACACUAAUGAUGGGGCACUAUUCCUCCCACUGACACCAACGAUGGUGC